UGAGUAUUGUUAUUCAGGUGAACAUAUUAUUUUGUGAGUCAGACGAUAUAAACGGGGAGGGCAUGAUGUCGAUAUGUCAAUUGCUUUGAUUUUGGUAACUAUACUUGCAACAGGAUUAUUCGGAGGAUGGAUGUUUGAUUGGAUUAUAUUUUUAAUUGCUCUAGUUUAUGGAAAAUGGCGUUUAUAUUCAAAACCCGACAUUCCCUCCCCAGAAGAUAUACAAGGAGUCUCAAUAAUCAAACCUCUCAUGGGAGUUGAUCCCAAUUUAAAACAUAAUUUAGAAACAUUUUUUCAACUUGAAUACCCAAAUUAUGAACUUUUAUUUUCUGUACAAGAUGAAAACGAUCCUGCUAUUUUAGUUGUUAAAAGUCUUAUUGAUACUUAUCCAAAAGCAGAUGUUAAAUUAUUUAUAGGAUUAAAACAUGUUGGCCCUAAUGGAAAAAUCAAUAAUAUGGUUAGGGCAUAUGAAGCAGCCAAGCAUAAUUUAUUACUUAUAUCUGACAGUGGUAUAAAAAUGACUAAGGAUUCUCUAUUAGAUAUGGUAUCAUGUUUAAAGAAAGAUGUGGGUCUUGUAUUACAAAUGCCUUAUGUCUGUCAUCGUAAAGGUUUUGCUUCAGUUUAUGAACAGGUAUAUUUUGGAACCAUGCAAGCUAGGAAUUGUUUAAGUGCGAAUGCUGUAGGUAUUAAUUGUUCUACUGGUAUGUCCAUGUUAUUUAGAAAAGAUCUGAUAGAUGAAGUUGGGGGUUUAAAAGAAUUUGGUAAAUACUUAGCCGAGGAUUAUUUUAUAGCAGAAGCCAUCCGCAAUCAAGGUUAUAAAAGUGUUCUCUGCACACAACCAGCUUUACAAAAUUCUGGAACAUACAAUAUUAAUGAUUUUCACAAAAGAAUGUUGAGGUGGGCCUCACUACGAGCUUCAAUGAUUCCUACUUUUAUUUUAUUGGAGCCCCUAUCUGAGUGUAUGAUUAUGGGUGUUGUUGGAUCUUGGGCAGCUCAGUUUUUAUUUGAUAUCAGUCCUAUGGCAUUUUUUCUUAUGCAUGUGUUGUGUUGGUUCUUGUUAGAUUAUGUAAUGUUUUGUAUGGUUCAGAAUGGACCGCUUCCUUUUUCUAAAUUUGAAUAUGUUGUUGCUUGGUUACUUCGUGAACUCUCGUCUCCAUACAUUCUGCUUUUAAGACAUACAGGUUCUUACAUUAUUUGGCGAAAUAGAAAAUAUAUGGUUCAUUGGGGUGGAUAUACAGAGGAAGUUCCAGCGACGUAGUACAGCCACAAUGAUACUGACUGACUGGCCAAUAUCAUCUCACUUCAUAUACAGUUACAUUAUCUUCUUAUUUUUACUAACAUAUCAGAAAACAGAAAUUAUUUAUUUUACCUAGUCACACGAAAAAUAAGACCGAUAAAACUUGUUAUGUGUUAAAUUAAGGCUCUCAUUUCUAACAUAUUUGCCAUGGUGAACAGUGAAAUUAACCCACAAGAUAAUUUACAUGCCAGGAAAUAAGAAUUUCAAAGUUUGUGUGUAGAAACACUUUAAAAUGUAUUAAUAAAUUGGUAUAAUUCUAAAAAAAAAAUGCUAAUCUGAGAUAAACAAAAUACUUUUAAAAAUUGACUUAGACUAGCUGGUAAUAUUUUUGUAGUGAAAACUGUGUUAAAUACACUUGAAAUAAAUAUAAAAAUAUCAAGGUUUAUGCCAUAAUAUGUAUUUUGAGGAGAUGUAUUUCAAGUCGCUGACUGUCAUUUGCAUUUUUCAAACAGUAUCUAAUUUUUCCUGGCUAGAUGCUUUAUUGUAGUUUGCAAGGGUUAAAAAAUCCCUCAAAUGACGAUCAGAGCCUUUAAUUUUGUAUCUGAUUUAUCUGUUCUUUGAUGAAAAUGGACUAGAACAUUGUUAGGUAAUUGUGCCAUUAACUGAUAAAGAUUUAUAGUAUUGUUUUAGAUAUGAUCUAUCAUAUCAAUUUGAUAAGCUAUUAUCAGAUUAAUAAUAAUCAUAGAAUAUGACAAAUGAGUGGAAAGUUCAAUAUUUCUACUGGUAUGAUAAAAUCAGGCUUAUAGAGAAAUGACAUGGUAUGAUAAAAUAUGUCUUAUAGUAAUACAGAAAUGACAUGGCUUAUAGUAAAAUUACAUGUGAUAAAAAUAAGACUUAUAGUAAAAUGACACGGUGUGAUAAAAAAUAAGGCUUUUAGUGAAAAAAAUACAUGGGGCGAUAAAAUAAGUAAAAUGUUACACAAAGUUAACACAAUUUAUAACAAACUAUAUUACAUGUCUGAAGUUAAUUGAAUAGCUGAAAAAUGAUAAUUUGGCAAUGUUUUCUUUUAAUUGAAUCUGUUUUAUUUUUCUUAUAUAAAAUAUUGCUCAAAGCUUAACUGUUUUCAAAACAAUUUGAAUAUGUAUGUUCAUUGUGAAAAUUCAACAUGAUGUAGAAUAAAUUAAAGAUAAUUACAAUUUCUAAAAAUUAAAGGGUUUACUGUUGGCUAUAAAUAAUGUAUAACAACCAUUUCAGGCUAUUCCAUAUUUUGAUGAGUGGGAAUGACUCUUUGUACAUCCAACCACAAAAUAUAUUUAUUUUUCAACCCUCUACCAAUUGAUUUUUUUGUGCCCUCCUUCAACAAUAGGUAAUUUUUAAAAAAAUGUGAUUUUCCAUAUCCAUAGAAAUUUUGAAAAAAAUUAGCUCCCCCCGAAUAAUAUUCUAAUAUUUAACUAUACUGUGCAUUUAUUACUUUGGUAAUUACAUUCCUACUUUCAAUUUGUCGGAUUCUAUCUUAUAGCUUGUAGGGUAUGAAGGAAUGGGUGGUCUUAAACAUAAGGUCUGUAAUUGAGUAAAGUCAAAUGUGGUAUGGUUUAGAUCCCAAGCUUGCAUGUGACGAGAAUGUCACUUGCCUAACCUUUCUCUGGGUCCUCCCACUGCUAUCUGCUAAAGACACCUACAUGCAAGGGAAUUGUUGAAAUAAUACCACAUGUUACUCCAGAAAUAACUUAGUUUGUGUUAAGUGGAUAUCUCUCCCUUUCUCUCGCCAAAAUAGCACAUAGGACAUGAUGACAAGUUGAAAGUGAAAUUAUGAAUACUCCUGGUUAAACUUAAACCCUUAUCUAUAUAUAGUUUGUAUUACUGUUAUACCAUUAUUAGUUCACAGUACACCAAUAUACUUUAAUGAGAUUUACUAUAUUAAAUAUACAUAUUAAAUAACCAUGAGGUAUCUCCUAUCAUUAGAUUACUUUAUUAGUUCACAGAAAUAAGUACACAAAAUUAAUUGAUAAGAUAGCAAUUCAAUAAUAGUUUAAUAUUGUGGAGGACCUGCUCCCCAAAACAUAAAACAUAUAGUAUGGAAAAACAGCAGAGACAAAUGAGGUGCUUCAGAUCACCAUUGUGAUUGUCACUAUCAUCCCACUGUACAUACUUAAUCAGAAAUUUGUUUGUUGCCGCAGGUUUUGUAAAAGAUAAUCAGAUAAAUAUGUAUAAUAUUAUUAUGAGUAGACGUUGAAAAUCAAUUUCUUUUGCUAUGUGAGAUACCUUGUAACUAUGUCAGAAUCAUUCAUCUCAUUCUGUAUAUUUUAAUCAAUUUAUCAUAAUUAUAUAGUACUCUCUUUAAUCAAAGUAUUAUUUUGUAUGAUAGAAGUGUAAGUUUAACAGUAACUAUCUCUUGUUGGGCUAUGACGUGUGAUAAAUGUAUCAUGGUAUUUGUCGUGAACAGUGAUGAUUACAAAUAAUUAACUAGUUGUUAGUGAUGGUAUGAAAUUUCAUUAGUAUUAAUGUUUAUUAUUGUUGCAGAUAUUUUUUGCUUUAAUCAAUAAUUUAACUUAUGCCAACCUCCUAGUUUGUAAAUUUAUAUGACCAGCUUACUUCAUUACCAAAUUUGAUACAAUCGUACUGAGACCAAUAACCUUUACUUAAUUGAGUAUUCUCGUUUCUGUGUUCAGAUGGUGUACUUGAUUCUUGGGUUAUUAGCAGAGAUAGGUAAACAGUUCAACUUUCAAAUAUUAAGCUAAAUAAGUCAGUGUGUGUUUAUUAUUGAUCUAUCUAUAUAAUUCAACAUAUUUUUAUACUUUUCAACUUGAUUUUGUUGCCAAUUACAUGUAUAUAUUAUUUUUUUAUUUAACAUUUUUUUUAAGCACUUUGUAUCUUGUUCCAAUUUAUUUCAUGACUUUUUGAAAUGUCAAUUAUCGAGAUACAAAUUUCUGGUACAAACUAGAUUUUAUGGCUUAUUUUUUUAUUUAUUGGCUCUUGAAAAUUAAGUCUUAUAUCAACAUAAACAUCGCUAAUAUAAAAUAAUGUACAAAAAUAAAUCAUUACACUGCUUUGUUGAUGUGGCUUGGAUUGAUAUCGAAAUUGAUAGCAAGAAACAUUCUGAAGUUUACAGUAGGCUAAUAUUUAGUAUGCUUGAAGUAGUUCAAUUGAAAUUAAUCUAAUUGACUCCCAGUACAUGUGCAGUAUUUGUGAGAUCUGUUUGGUGUAUUUCUCUAAUUGAUACUUACUGUAUUUUGUAUACUAGUCUUUAAAUCAAAAAUAGCAUUGUUAUUUUCAGUGACACAAGGACUUAGCUAUGGGUCAAUUCACUUUAAUCAAAGUUUCAGUAUAUGGCACUUGUGGUUAAUGUAAAUAUCCACUAAGUGUAGGUUAUACGUGACAAUGAAAACAUUUGUAGUGAUCAGCAAAAGAUAUUACCAGGGGGAAGAAAUUGCUUUGUUGGCUAUAUUAUGAAAACUAACCAGAAAUCAAGUGAUCAGUAAUCAGAAUUUGAAUACCUCGUUCUGUUGGCUGAAUAAUCAUUGAUUCAUUCAUUCUAGGUGCUUAAUAGUUUUUUUCUGUUGAAAAGCAGGAUUGAUUCCUAUUUCCUACUCUCAAGAUUUUCUCAUUCGAAAUGAAUAGAUAAUGAACAGAUUUUUUGUAGUAAACGUUUCAUGAUUAUGAUGUAACCACCUACAAACUGGAAACAGAAACUGCAUACUGCUACACAAAAAUAGGUGUAUUUAUUACUUCUUGUUUGAAUGAUUUCAAGAAUUGUUAAACUAGCUUGUUUUGCUCAUGAAAUAUGCUUAUGAUGUAUAUGGAAUAUUAAUGGAUCAAAUAUUAUAAUGGAAUGUUAUGAAAUAUGAAUUGAUGAUUUGUAUGGUGGUGAUGUAAUAAUUAGGUGCAAAAGUGUAAUAAUUCCAAUAGCUAAGUCAACACAAAGUACAUUGUAAUAGUUGCAAAUCAUUGUCAGAUUAGUAAUAAAUUUUCAAUGUUUAUCAAAUAUUAACCAGCUGACUAGAAAUGCUCAGAGUGGUACUGCUGUGAAUAUAAAUGAUCAGUUUUACAACUUGGCAAUAACUAUUGUAAGGUUCGCUUUUAAAGAUGUAUUCCUAUAAGAUCAAACAGGUCAUCUAUUGCACCCCAAAUCAUAUUUUGAAUUGAAAAUACAAUUUUUUCAGAUUUAAUUUUUAGAGCCGAGAUUGUCAGAGCAUUAUAUUUUUAAGGUCUGAUCCAAAUAUCACAUUGAGUGCAUUACCUGUACUUUUAUUUAAAGCUCAUUUAAUUACUGAUUUUUAAAGGGUUUCCUCGGUUUAUUGUAUCUGAAACUAGACAAAAAAAAUGUCUUUUACCCAACAAAAACAAGGAAUAAGAUUUUUAUUGUUUGGAAUUUAUUGUUCAUCACAGAUAAUUUUAUGAUGAUGGAAUCCUCUAAGAAUGAUUAAUUUUUUUAAUCCUGUAUGUUUUCGCAGUAUUGUUGCUCAGGUCAUUCUUUAUAUACUGUAGUAUGCCUUUCUUUGACAAUAAAAUCUGAAUUGAUAUUAAA